UGCGGCUGCGUGCGUGCCGGGACACUGCCCAUGUGCCUGGCUAUCGACGCUGCGCUGGCGCCGCUGCUGCGCGUCGUGACGGCGGCGCGUUCGAGCUUCUCGGCUUUGUGCGCCGGCAGGCACGGCGGCAGAGGAGCGGCGCCGGCUGAGAUCCUCUGCAGCCGUGCCUGCGCGCACGCCGCGCGGUGCAGCGCCGGGCCGAUGCUCGCCUUCGGGCACGGCAGCAGUCUACUGCGCCCGACGCAAGGGUGCGGCCGCCGCACGCCGAGAAGAUCGCUCGCCAACGCCGCCGCCGCGCGCGCGCAGCGAGCCGCAGCGCGCGCCGCAGCGCCGAAGCGGCACCCUCCUCGCCUCUGCGCGCGGCUCCACCGGCGAUGACCGCACUUUGCCCGACGUGCGGCAGCGUGCACGCUACGCCUGCCAGCGCACGCCGCCGCCGAGCGCGCCUGGGACGUGCGGUCGUGCGCACGAUCGAGCAGCGAGCAGCACGCAGCACGUUCAGCACGAGGUCUGGCUGUCAAGCACAGAAGCUCGCCUCGGGGCGCGACGGCGUGCUGGCUCGCCGGCGGCGGUGCCGCGCGAGGGGUGGCUGCGCGGAGGCUCCU